AUGCCUGUGGAACAACAACUCAUCCAGGCAUGGGAGUGUUUGUGUCUGCACUUGGGGGUGCAGUUUACACUCCGUCAGGACAGCUGUGCCCCCGCUAACUCGCUCGGCAAGAGCUGUUUCAGCCGCACAAUGGCUGGGCCUCCUGCCUCCUGCCAGGGCGAGGCGAGGCGAGGCGGCCUCCGAGUCAGUCAAAUUGAAAUAAAUGAACUGCCAGGCCUGACGGCGGGACAUGUCGAGCGUGGCGAGGGCAUCUCUGCUCCUGCUUUGGCUCUCCUUCGCCUGCUGCCAGGAGGCGAGUUCCCAGAGUUCACCUCAGAGACGCCCAUCAACAACGUGGUGCAGGACCCCCGCACGGGCCGCGUGUACGUGGGAGCGGUCAACGCCAUCUACCAGCUGGACGACGCGUUGACCAAAGAGCAGAAGGCCGAGACGGGGCCCAAGAAGGACCGGCGCACCUGCACGCCCCCCAUCAACGGCAGUCCGUGCCGUGAUCCCGUAGACACCAACAACACAAACAAACUGCUGUUGGUCAACCCCUCCAACAACUCGCUCAUCGUCUGCGGCAGCGUCUACAGGGGCAUCUGCUCGCUGGUCCACCUGAGCAAUAUUAACCAGCUGCUCUACUACAGCGACAGCAAGGGAGAGAGGACCUAUGUGGCCAGCAUCGAGGACGGCGUGUCGGUGGUGGGCGUGAUGUCUCACCUCUUCAUCUCGGGGAACAACUUCACCGUGUUUCUGGUGGGCAAAGGCUAUGGCAGCCUGGACAGUUCCAAGCUCAUCAGCACGCGGAUAUUGCAGAACUACGGCGAGUGGGUGGCUUUCGAGAGCGUCGUGGAAGCCUCUACUCUGCAGGCCAGGGCAUUCGUGCACAAGUACUUGCACGACUUCCGCUACACCUUCAAGGACCAAGGCUUCGUCUACUUCCUUUUUUCGAGGACAAUGGGUGGCACUGACAAUAAGAACUUCACUUUUAUAUCACGCCUUUGUGAGGAGGAUGCCAACUACUACUCGUACACAGAGUUGCAGCUCAACUGUGGCCCCGACAACCGCUUCAACAAGGUGCAGGCAGCCUAUGUGGCAAGCCCUGGGAAAGAGCUGGCCCGCAGCCUGUCCGAGUCCGGCUCGUACGGCAACGUCCUCUCCUGGGACAAGGUGUUGUUUGUGGUGGCCAGCCCUGACGAGGAUGAGACCGAGUCAGCCUUGUGCUUGUACCCCCUGAACAACAUCAACAAGAGAAUAGUGGAAAUCAUUGGUGCCUGCUACAGUAGCUCAGGAAAGAUUAUCGGGAAACCUGCAGUGGAUAUUCCUUACUUACCAGAUGACUUGUGUAUUACGCGGGACAAAGAUAUCGUGACUCAGUAUAAGUGUGGUGCAGACUUUCUGCCCUCCCCCCUGGCCAGCAAGCCAGCAUUUGCCUUGAAGGCUGAAGCGAUCUACACACGGAAAGGACAGUUGACUGCUGUGGCCAUCGCUGUGGAGCAUGACCACACCAUAGCCUUCUUAGGCAACUCUGUUGGAGAGCUGUUCAAGCUGCAUGUGUCAGGCUACCCAUACCCAGAGGUGUACAACAGGGGUCCCGGCGACACAACUGGUGAUGCUGUUAAUAAGAACCUCUUUUUUGACACAAGCCUGAGCCACCUGUACAUCACAACCAAGAAAAAGAUCACCAAGGUUCCUGUGCAGGCCUGUGAUCUAAAGAAAGACUGCCAGUCAUGUGCGGGGCUAAGAGACCCGUACUGUGGUUGGUGCGUGCUGGAGGGCAGGUGCACCAGGAGGUCAGACUGCCGCCGUGCUGAGGAGAGAAACGGCUGGCUGUGGAGCCCCAAGCAGCAGUGCGUCAAAAUCGUCUCUUUCCAUCCCCCGAACCUCAGCUGCAGAAAGACUCAGCAGGUGGACAUCAACAUCCUGUGUCCCUGCAGGUGCCCAGCAUCGCAGAUGGCCGUCCUCACGCGUGUCUUCUGUUUUGCAGAUUUCGUGGCCGUGCCUGUGAAGGUCUUUGUGAACUCAACGGUGGAGGUGGCUUCCAGCGAGUACAAAUUCUACAACUGCGCAGCAACCAUUCACAAGGCAAAGAACACCCCGUGCCUGUCCUGUGUCAGCAGCAUCUGGGGCUGUCAGUGGAACACGCGAGACCACACAUGCAGCGACAUGAACGAUCAGGACACCGACCCAAACAUCAUCCGACACAAACAAGAGCAAACUGUCGAGGGUGAGAACCCCGACCCAAUCCUCAUUCCUGUCGGCUACAAAACCCAGAUCAGCUUUGAGGGAAUCAAGCUUGACCCAUACAAGAAUCAUGAGUUCACCAUCGGCACAGACCUGAUGACCCACACCGAGGAGGAGGUCAAGUGGGAAGGUGGACCGUUCUACCUUUUCUCUGGAUAUGAGUUUUCUUAUGACAAAGCACAUGAAACCAGCGUUCUCUUUCAUGUGAAAGAUAAAUACUCAGGGAGGAAGAUCGACAGCUUGCUUAAUGUCACCUUAUAUAACUGCUCUCGGGGCCGGGAAGACUGCAGUCUGUGCCGGAACGCCGACCAAAGCAAGUACCAGUGCGUGUGGUGCGCCGCCAAGCGAACCUGCGUCUACAAGGAGCUGUGCUCGACGGACGAGUCUCUGCCGUGUCCAAACCCCAAAAUCACAGAAAUUAUCCCUCAAUAUGGACCUCUGGAGGGGGGGAUUGCCGUCACCAUCAAAGGCUCCAACCUGGGCAUCCACAAAGAGGACAUCAAGAAGAUCACGGUGGCCAGAGUUCCAUGCGUGCACCUGGACCAACACUACUCCGUCUCCACCAGCGUGGUGUGUGAGAUCGGCCCGCUGGUCCCAGGCAGCCCGGUCUCUGGUGAGGUGGAGGUGCUGGUGGAAGGGGGAAGAAAGGCUUCAUCCGUCACUUUCACUUACCGGGACCCUAAACCCACCCAAGUGGUCCCACAACAGGGCCCCAAGGCUGGAGGAACGGUCAUCACCAUCAUGGGACAUGACCUGAACACGGCCUCCAAGGAGGCCCUCCAGAUCACAGUUGGAGCGGUGCCGUGUGAAGUGUGUGAAGUAGAGACGUUCGGUACCAACAUCACCUGUAAGACGGGCUCGUACCUGGCGGGGGAGAAGGUGCCCUCUUCGUUGCUUCCGGUCACAGUGAAGUAUGGGAAGCUAACCACCAAACAGGUGCCCCUGGCCUUUCAAUUCCUGGAAGACCCCGUCGUGAGUGACCAUCAGCCAAGAAAGAGCUUUGUCAGUGGCGGCAGAAGGAUCAUGGUGACGGGCAGCGGGUUCAGUCUCAUCCAGAAAGCCUUCAUAAGGGUGAACGCCUCACUGGACGAGUUUUCCCAGGUCUCUUCGCCCAUGGAGUUUCAGCAGCCAGCAGUGAGUAAGAACGACAGCACCCUCGUCUUCCUCUCUCCACAAGUGAAGAAGAGUGAUGAAAGCCAGUCCUUCUCCACCUUCCUCCACCUGGACAAGAUGGUGGUGAAGCUGCAGCCGUUUGAUUACCUUCCAGAUCCCACCUUUGACAGUUUCCCAAACAAGAUGAUCAAUGCAAACAGCACCAUCAAAGUCACCGGUCGAGGGUUUUCCAAGGCCAUGUCGGCGGACGAAGCGAAGGCAUUUGUGGGUGACGUGUCUUACUCGGUCAACACCCUGGAGGACGACAAGCUCUACCUGGAGCCUCCAUCCCAUCACAGCGUGCGCAUGACCAGCGGCUCCACCUCUGAGCCGCUGCCGCUGAAGGUACGACCGGAGCGCUCUCCCCUCUUGACCAGCGGUUCCACCUCUGAGCCGCUGCCGCUGAAGAUCAAGUUUGGAAACAGGGAGUGGGUGGUUGGCCAUGUGGUGUACGAGAGUAAAUAUGAAGUCCCACUGGCCAUCAUCAUCCCCGCUGUGAUCAUUCCCAUGCUGCUGAUCAUUGCCACGUCAGCUUACUGCUACCGGAGGAAGAGUCAGCAAGCUGAGCGGGAGUACGAGAAGGUCAGACACCAGCUGGAGAAUCUCGAGGAGAGUGUGCGAGACCGCUGCAAGAAGGAAUUCACAGAUCUGAUGAUUGAAAUGGAGGACCACACCAACGAGGUCGGCGAGGGCCGCAUCCCCUUCCUGGACUACAAGACCUAUACGGACCGGGUCUUCUUCCUGCCCUCCAAGGAUGGAGCCAAUGACGUCAUGAUCACGGGCAAGCUGGACAUCCCAGAGGCCCGGAAGGCCGUCGUGGCCCAGGCCUUAAACCAGUUCUCCAACCUGCUCAACAGCAAGACCUUCCUCAUCAAUUUCAUCCGCACCCUUGAGUCGCGGCCGGACUUCAACGCCCGGGCCAAGGUGUACUUCGCCUCUCUGCUGACGGUGGCCCUGCACGGCAAGCUGGAGUACUACACGGACAUCAUGCGCACGCUCCUGCUCGGCCUCAUGGAGAGCUACGUGGACAGCAAGAACCCCAAACUCAUGCUGCGCAGGUCAGAGACGGUGGUGGAGCGGAUGCUUUGCAACUGGAUGUCCAUCUGUCUUUACCAGUUCCUCAAGGACACUGCGGGCGAGCCCCUGUACAAGCUGUUCAGAGGCUUAAAGCAUCAGAUCGAGAAGGGCCCGGUGGACGCGAUGGUCAAGAAGGCCAAGUACACACUGAACGACACAGGCCUCCUGGGAGAUGAUGUGGAGUACUCCGUGCUGACUCUGCAGGUGUUGGUCCACGGGGAGGGUCCGGACAUCACACCAGUGAAGGUGCUCAACUGCGACACCAUCUCCCAGGUGAAGGAGAAGGUCAUCGAGCAGGUGUACAGGAACACACCCUACUCACACAGGCCCAAGGUGGACAGCGUCACUCUAGAGUGGCGCCCCGGCUCGACCGGACAGAUUCUUUCUGACCUGGACGUGACCUCGGUGAAAGAAGGCAGAUGGAGACGAAUGAACACUCUGGCCCACUACAACGUCCGAGACAAUGCAACACUGGUGUUGUCCAGAGUUCUGCACACUCAGCAGUCCUUUGACCAGAAUCAGGACAACCAUGAGGAGAGAAAUGCUUUGCUGGACGAAGACAAGGUGUUCCAUCUCGUUCGGCCCAUGGAUGAGCUGGACGAAAUCAAGUCCAAGAGGGGGAGCAUUAAGGACAAGUCCAUGACCAAAGCCAUUACGGAGAUCUAUCUGACCCGUCUGCUCUCGGUCAAGGGCACGCUGCAGCAGUUUGUUGACAACUUCUUCCGGAGCGUUCUCUGCUCGGGGGCAGUGGUCCCGCCGGCGGUCAAGUACUUCUUCGACUUCCUGGACGAGCAGGCGCUGAAGCACGACAACGUGGACGAAGAAACUAUUCACAUCUGGAAAACCAAUAGCUUGCCCUUGAGGUUCUGGGUGAACAUCCUAAAGAACCCGCACUUCAUCUUCGACGUCCACACGACUGAGGUGAUGGACGCUUCGCUCUCGGUCAUCGCCCAGACCUUCAUGGACGCGUGCACCAAAACUGAGCACAAACUCAGCAGGGACUCUCCCAGCAACAAGUUACUCUAUGCAAAGGAAAUCUCUACCUACAAGAAGAUGGUGGACGACUACUACAAAGGCAUCCGGCAGAUGGUCUCAGUCAGCGAUCAGGACAUGAACACUCAUUUGGCUGAAAUAUCGAGGACCCACACGGAGCAGCUCAACACCCAGGUGGCCCUGCACCAGCUCUACCAGUACGCCAGCAAGUACUACGAUGGGAUCAUCAUGUCCUUAGACGAGGACCCAGCCGCGCAGAGUAAACAGCUCACCCUGCGGCUGCAGCAGAUAGCCGCUGCGCUGGAGAACAAAGUGACUGAUCUCUAGCCGCUG